GCCACUGCUGACCGCCUCCAGGACCUUCAACGAAAACUGAAAGUCUACAUCGAACUUCUCAGUGAUUGCGAGUUAGAAAGCAGUAGAGAGAAUGAGGCUACGCUUGAUGAGCUGAUGCGAGUGAAUGAGAAGAUUAAUGUUAAUAUCCAACAAUUCCAGUCAUUCCAGAAAAUGCGCCUUGGCCAGCAGGAGUCGUUUGACCUCUACGACGAUAGAAGUAGGAAGCAUGCUGCGCCGGCUGUUUGA